UUCAAUAGCCUCUCCUGUCUGCAUCAUUUCAGAAUACAAUCUUUGCGUGCCUUUUUCUAUGCUAUCUCCGAAUACAUUCUCUUCUCCAACAUAAAAUUACGUCAUCUCUGGUUUUGCAUUUAUUCCUUGGACUCUAACAUGCCUUAUUUCCUACGCAACCAUUGCUUCUCCUCUUUACAUUCACUACAACGAGAAGAAAUUUUUUGCUCUGGUCUUCGCUAGGAUUAGCUGGAAAUUGUUGAACUGUUUGGCGAAAUUAAUAAUGGAUCCCACAACUCUGGUUUUAAUUGGGCGUACUGGAAAUGGCAAGAGUUCAACGGCUAAUUCGAUCCUUGGACGCAAUGAGUUUGCGUCUGAAAGCAGUACUACAUGUUGCCAGUUAGGGCAAUGCGAGUGGAAGGACGGCCGAACUAUAAAUGUUGUGGACACACCUGGUCUCUUUGAUAGAAACGCGAGUAAAUUUACUGACAGAGAAAUUGUGAAGUGUAUUCAACUUGCAAGGGAUGGUGUGCACGCAUUCAUUCUGGUGCUCUCAAUUAAAAACCGAUUCACAGAAGAGGAAGCUGAUAUUUUAGAUAUCUUACAAAUGUUGUUUGGACCAAAAAGCAUUAACUACAUGAUCAUUGUCUUUACUGGUGCCGAUGACCUCGAAAUAAACAGCAGUUAUACAUUUGAGGACUAUGUGAAUGCCUCCACACUAGAUCUCAAGGGACUUAUACGUCGUUGCAAUUCAAGAGUUGUCCUUUUCGAUAAUACAACUGUAUUAACAGCAAAGAUGGAUCAUCAAAUAACUAAAUUAAUGGAGAUGGUAGACCGCAACUUCGCUGAAAAUGGAAAUCGUCCUUAUACAAAUGCAUUGUUCGAAAAUGCUAAGAGUAUGACAAUGCAAUUGUACUACAAUCGAGACAAGGAUAAGGCUUAUGAGGAUCAAAUCAAACAACAAGAAAGGUUUUAUGAAGAACAGAUCAGACUUUUAAAACAGACGAUGGCGCAGAACAUGAACUCUAUGCAACAGAAGAUGGAUGGAAUGGACCAGAAUUCGAGGCAGACAAUACAAUCUCUGCAAGAUCAAAUUAAUUCCCUUCAAAGAAGUAGAUAUGGAUACUAUCGUUAUUACUGAAAACGGGUCAUGGGGAACAAAGAAGCUUCAGAAGGGAGGAAUUCGAUAGAGUCCAGAAUCCCAAGCAUGAUGGAUGGUUAGAUUGAUGCCUACGUAUCAGGGAAUAAACAUCUAUAUUAUGUGCUACGAACACUCCAGUUAUGAACAUAAAAUGAAAUGCUUCAUUUGAUAAUUAUAAUCUAUGCCAUUAUAUGAGCUAUGGGUUAUUUGAGUGAAGUUGGGAUUGUAGUUUAUAAUUAUUUAAUAAAUAAAACAAAAAUAUAUUCAACAAUA